CUCAAAUUUGAUCCGCUGACUGCCGGUAAAACUCCCCGUUCGGCCGCGGGAGUCGGAGAUUUUUGGUUGUUUUGUACACUGAACUGCCGGCGGUAAUAAAUGCAGUUUUAACCGUGCCAUCGAUUUUUUUCACCACUCAUUCGAUUCUUCUAUGGAUUAAAUUAAAUUCAUUAUUCUUGUUAUAAUUUUGGCGCUGCCAAAUUCACAUUAAUCGAUAAUUCAUCACGUUCGAUCCAUUCGUCCGGCCAUCUGAUAAUAGCAAUUUCCCUUGUCAAUGACACAAUUUAUGGUGUCUAUUUUUAUAUUUCGAAAAUUUUUUCUCGGAAAGCCGGUGGACUGAAAAUCUGCAGCUGGUUAAUCGAGCUCAAGGAAUAGGAUGAAAUUAUGUUGAGGGAAUUUUGAUUUUAUUGGCCUUGGCGGUUGAUUUUCGCUGGCGAUGGCGGACAAUAAAUUAACAGGACUAGGGGCUGCAAGGCAGCGGUUUCAUGUAGAAUUAAAGCCUGACGAAACGACAUUUGUUUCGUGGAAGAAAUUGGUGAAGGAUUUGCCUAAGGCCGUCCAGAAUCUUCCUUUUGAGCCUCCUGCCGGAGCUCACCCAGCCUUGCAAGCUCGGAUUGCUCCAGAGGCUACAACUGGGAAUUCCCUUUUGCAGAAGGAUCCAGUUUCUCCUCCCGCUAAUCGAUUCAGUGCUGUUAUUGAGAAAAUUGAACGAUUGUACAAGGGAGAUGAGAGUAGCGAGGAAGAACAGCUUGAUAAGGGUCCAGAUGAUGAUCAGUAUGAUACCGAGGACUCAUUUAUAGAUGAUACAGAACUGGAUGAGUACUUCUCCGUUGAUAAAGCAAAGACAAAGCACACAGGAUUCUUUGUCAACCGAGGGAAAUUAGAGCCAGUAAAUGAGCCUGCCUCUCCCGUGCUUGCACAAAAGAAAAGGAAAAGAAAGGACAUUAAAAAGGUACCAAAUGCAGAGGAUAUCCCAAAGAAACUGAAGAUGGGCACUAUUCGAAUAAAAGCAGCUGCAAGAACUGCACCUUUGGUGGGCAUGAAUGUAAAGAGUUCUGCUCAGGAUAGAAUUUGUCUUACAGGUAAUGAAUAUUCAGAUGACAAAGCAAGCAAAAAGCAAGAAUUAAAGUCUACAAGCACUAGUCGUGAAUCCAGUUUGUUAAGAGCAGGAAUCAAAGAAGCUGCCAGUAAAGUAGAGCCAUCUUUCCAACAUUUGAAGGCCUGUGAUAAGAGUGGGGGAAUUUUAAAUGGUUUUGUCACAGGAUAUAAAGAUAGCUCAGUUAAGGGAGAAAUUAUCAUCGAACCUUCUGAUGAUGACAUCUUCAACUAUUCAAGCAAAUAUACUACUCCAAGAGCUGAUUGCCAGACAAGAGAAUCUGUGAAGGGUGCAAAUGAUGUGUCAACUGCUGAUAAAACCAUAUCCAUAGAUAGAGCUGGAGAAGAUAUUUUUCCCAGGGAUCUGAAUUCAGUUGGAAGCAAGCUAUCUGUCUCCAAAGCUAAAUCAUCACCAUUGACUCCCAAGGAAGCUAUUCUUGCAAGACCUAAGUGCACUAUAUUGGAGAAAGCUAUUCAAGAUUUGGAAAAGGGAGUUGUAGAAUUAUGCCCUCCCACUGCUGAUGCUCGAGAAUCAGAGCAAUCAUUCCAGGGAGUUAAAAAGAGAUUGCCUCGUGAGGUCAAGCAGAAACUUGGAAAAGUAGCUAGGUUGGCGUCAAAACAAGGAAAAAUAUCAGAUGAAGUAAUUGGUCGUCUCAUGGGCAUUUUGGGCCAUGUAAUGCGGCUCAAAACAUUGAAGAGGAACUUGAAAGAAAUGGUUGAGUCUGGUAUUUCAGCCAAACAAGAGAAAGAAGGUAGAAUUCAAGAUAUCAAAAGGGAAGUAACUAAAAUGGUUCAAAUGCAGGUUUCUUCUUUGCAAGCACAGGAUGGUGGGCAGAAAGAAGGUUUAAUGGAUGAUUUUCAAGGAGCAUUAUGCACUGGAGAGAAAGGAAAACCAAAUGGAAGUUAUAAGUGGGAUAAUGAUACGGAGGAUGCAAUUUGCAAUCUUUACGAUCAGUAUGUUGAGGGUAUGGAUGAACACAAAGGUCCCCAAAUCAAGAAAUUGUAUAUAGAGCUGGCAGAACUUUGGCCACAAGGUUGGAUGGACAACAAUGGCAUAAAGCAUGCAGUGUACAGAGCAAAGGAACGGAAGAAAAAAUUGACUAAGCUUAGCAAUGGUAGUGUAGAGAUGACUAAAAGGAAGAAAGCUUCGGCAAAGUCACACACUGACGGGUCAAAUGGAGAUGGGCCCACGGGAAGUGUAUCUAAUCCCAACUAUGAAGAUUUAGUACUAGGUGACAAACAAAAUAUACAGGAGCAGGCUCACACUGAAGCCACCAAUGGAGGUGAUACCCAGCAAUUCAGGCUAGUAGAGCCUAAAUCUUCGUUUGCUAUUCAUGGAAAACAGAGGUCUUCUGAAAAAGGGGAGAAUAAGGAUUCUUAUAUUAAUGAUGUAUGGAAUAAAUGUGAAGGAGGUGCAAUACAUAAAAAAGAAAGAAAACCAAAACCAGAUAUAGAUUUAAAUGAAACAUAUACUGUUCCUAUUAAAACUAGCUACCUGCCGGGGAAAGAGAUGCACAAGCUGGAUAAACAGGGACUUAAUGGACUGUCUGUUCUCAGGAAAGGAAGUACACAAGUAAUUGGUCUUCCCAUGCAUGAAGAAGUUAAGAUAGAUUAGAAAUUAUCACCUAGGAUAUAGGUGUCAUUAUUCAUUUCUAUUUAGCAGUCCAUCCAUGGUGUUCUUGAGAAUAUUCUCUCCAAGGUCUCCAGAGCUCAUUCAAUGUACCAACUAUUUUGCUUUUUCUUUAUUCAUCCCUUUUUAAAAUUGGAAGUCCUUGAAGCUGUACAUUUGAAAUUGGAUCGAAUAUGCUAUGUAGGCUAAGGGGACAAUCAUGUAAGGAAUGUUAAUUUUGUAUUCUUGCUCGUAAUGGGAGCAUUUCUUGUCUAGUGAAAUCUUCAGUUAUCCAAUGUAUAUUCUUGCUACUGUAAUCGGAAACAGAUUUCGACCUCCUUCACCUGUAUGGAUAUUCAGGGAUCAAUACAUUUAUACAAUCUUUUAUUAUUCUCA